CUGCCCAUAAAGACAAAUUUGUGGGUAAAGGUAAUGGCAGGCCAGCAGCUGGCAUGUUGGCUGCUCAGUUGGCCCUUGGCGGACUGCCAUGGCUUCUUCAAAGUCCUCAGAAAGACAGGCAUAGAGUUAAAGGAUUAUGAUGUUCUAGCCCACUCCUUAAGUGUCUCAGUCUGCUGGACAUAAAGCUGCACAGAUUCAACCACGCAUGGCUCCAGUGCCCCCAGUCCUGCCCCCGCCAACUCCAUGCCUCUGAUGCCUGGGUCACCUGCUACAGUUGGCAGAGUUGUGCCCCUAGCAGGUCUUUAGCUGCUCUGUGCCUAUGACCAAAGCCUGCCAAGGGGCUUUGGUGGAACCUGCUCUGUCACCCACACAUAUCUGUAAAGAAUCAGCUCAAUUACUGAGUGGAUGGAUAGAUGCAUACAUGAGUGGACACCCAGAGGCAAGAUCUGUGUCCCCUGGAGGUGGUCCCCCAAGGCCCCACUAUCUAGCAGAUGGAUGAUCCACUUGGCUGGUUUGCAGUGUGCUUCCAACCCACCUAAUGAGAACCUUCUAUGCCUAUUCAAAGCACCCACAGGGAAGGAUAUAAAGUCCAGAGACUCUGAGCCAAAGGCUGUGGCUUCUGGUUGGGGAGCUGAACCCAUGUGCUCAGUUGCUAGGCAUAUGGAGAGCAUCAUGCUCUUUACCUUGCUGGGACUGUGUGUGGGGCUGGCAGUUGGCACAGAGGGUGCAGUGGUGAAGGACUUCGACAUAAGCAAGUUUUUAGGCUUCUGGUAUGAGAUUGCCCUUGCCUCCAAGAUGGAUGCUCAAGGCUCAGCACACAAGGAAGAGAAGAUGGGAGCCAUGAUAGUUGAGCUGAAAGAGAACCUUCUGUCUCUGACCACCACCUAUUACAAUGAGGACCACUGUGUGCUGGAGAAGGUUACAGCCACUCAGAUGGACGGUCCAGCGAAGUUCAAGGUUACCAGAAUAUCAGGAAAGAAAGAAGUCGCUGUUGUAGCCACAGACUACAUGACGUACGCCGUGAUUGAUGUCACCUCUCUGGUGUCUGGGACAGUCCACCGGGUCAUAAAACUGUACAGCCGGAGCUUGGAGGACAAUGAGGAAGCCCUGAAUAAUUUCCAGAAGAUAGCCUUGAAGCAUGGGUUUUUAGAAACAGACAUAUACAUUCUCAAGCAUGACUAGACCACAAUCUCCAGCCUCCAGGUGAAGAGCUGAGCAGCUAGGGCCAGGCCACCUGUGCAGGCUUCUCACAUGUCCGCAGCGACCCUGCUGAAUGUGAAUGCAUUACAUUUUUCUGUGAAUACUGUAAUGGACACACCUCACAUAGCUGGAUCAGGGUCUGCCCACUGAUGGACUGACUCUGGCCCUCAGCCUUGCCUUCAUUCUGAAGCAGUCUCCUGUCUGUUGUGAUCUGGAAGCAGCCCUCACAGGUCCCAAGCAGAGAUGAGAGCAAGCCUCCUCUGGAGUCUCAGUAGCUCUCUCAAAUGGAAGGGGGAUGCUGCCUAUAUAUUCCU